CCCUGAUCCUGGCAUCGUCGUCGAUUUUUUUUUUUUUCUUCCUCCUCUCUUCUCUCUGUGUCAUUCAUGUGAGCCUGUUCCUUCAUUUUCCUCUCAGAUCUAGAGGUGGUCGGCUCAUGGGCACGGGCAUGGAUCCGUCGCCCCGUGGUUUCCUCCUGCUGCUGUUGCUGCUGUGCUGCUCCUUCUGCCCCUUCUCCGUCCCUCCGGUGGCUGAGGCCGCUGAUGGCUCCACCGGUGGCCCCGUCGUGGUCGAUCCCGGGCUCAGGUUCGCCAACCCGCGGCUCCGGCAGGCCUACAUUGCCCUGCAUACGUGGAAGCGGACGGCCAUCUUCUCCGACCCCCAGAACCUGACUGGCAACUGGGUCGGCCCCGACGUGUGCUCCUACUUCGGCGUCUUCUGCGCCCCUUCCCCUGCCGACCCCUCCCUCACCGUCGUCGCCGGCGUCGACCUCAACCACGCCGACAUCGCCGGGUACCUGCCCCCCGAGCUCGGCCUCCUUGCCGACCUCGCCCUCCUCCACCUUAACUCCAACCGCUUCUGCGGCGUCGUUCCGUCCACCCUCCACCACCUCCGCCUCCUCCAUGAGCUCGACCUCAGCAACAACCGCUUCGUGGGGCGGUUCCCGGACGUCGUCCUCGCCCUGCCCUCCCUCCGCUACCUGGACCUCCGCUUCAACGAGUUCGAAGGCUCCAUUCCCCCGGCACUCUUCGACCGUCCCCUCGACGCCAUCUUCCUCAACUCCAACCGCCUCGGGCACGGAAUCCCCACCAAUCUGGGCUCCUCCCCGGCCUCCGUGGUGGUGCUGGCCAACAACGACCUGGGCGGCUGCAUCCCCUCCAGCAUCGGCCGGAUGGCCACCACCCUCAACGAGAUCAUUCUCCUCAAUGACAACCUCUCCGGUUGCAUCCCACCCGAGGUCGGCCUCCUCCGCCAGCUCACCGUCUUCGACAUCAGCUUCAACCACCUCCAGGGCCCCCUACCGGGCUCCCUCGCCUCCAUGGCCAGCCUCGAGCAGCUCGACGUCGCACACAACGGCCUCACCGGCUCCAUCCCGGCCGGCGUCUGCCAGCUCCCCAGGCUCCAGAACUUCACCUACUCUUAUAACUACUUCACAUCGCAGCCACCCCAGUGCCCCACCGCCGGCGCCGGCGGCAAGGUGCUGCGCGACGCCAGGAAGAACUGCAUUCCGGGGCUCCCGGACCAGCGCUCCCCUAAGCAGUGCUCCUCCGACGCCGCGCGCCCCUUCGACUGCACCAAGUCCAAGUGCUGGGCCGGGGGCAAGAGCCCAGCCACCAAUUAUUCGUUCCCGUCGCCGCCGCCGCCGCCGGCUCCUCUCGCGAGCCCGCACAGGGGCUACUUCAAGAGCACACCGCCUCCACCACUACCACCACCCAAGUCCGAGUCGUCGCCUCCCACUACAUCUCGCUCCCCUUCUCCGCCACCGCCGCCGCCAAAGUCCGAGUCGUCGCCUUCCGCCACAUCUCACCCACCUCCUCCUCCGCCACCUGGGUCCGAGUCGUCACCUUCCCCGACACCUCAUCCCCCUACUCCGCCACCACCGGAGUCCCAGUCGUCGCCAUCCACGAAAACCCACCCCCCUCCGUCCCAUUCGCCACGUCUGCUGCCUCCUUACUCCCCCGAACCAUCGCCACCGAGUUACCGUGGUUGGCCGCCCCCGCCAGCUUCUACAUCAUCGCCGCCGCUGCCACCUCCUCCUCCGCCUGGCUGCGAGUUUCCAAAGCGUCAUCCCACCCCCGUGUUGCCUUCUCCACCGCCCCCGGAUCAGUACCUUCCAGCACCUCCUGUCGGGUCUCCAACGACCUCUCCUCAUCCGCCCCCACCAUCGUCUGAUCGUCCGAGCCCGUCGACAGCUCCACCGCUGCAUCGGACUCCCACCCCGCCUCCGCCACCGCCCAACCGUCAAUUUUUACCCCCACCACCGCCCCCGCCCCCGCCCCCGCCCAUUCAUGGAUCCCCGGCGCGUCCACAAGACCACCCUUCUCCUCCUCCACCGAUUCCACGGGUAGCGCCAGCUCCUCCACCAACCUAUGGAUCGGGUCAUCCGACACCCACCCCACCCGUCCGUCCAUCUCCAGAACCGGCUCGACAUCAGCUGCCACCACCCACAGGUUCGAUGCCGUGGCAAUCUCCACCGCCGCCGACAUCAGGGUGUGGCGGGAACGUGCCUUUACCACCUGUGGUAGGGGUAUCCUAUGCAUCUCCUCCACCGCCGGGGAUACCCUACUACUGAUCUUUUUAAGUUGGUCGCAGCGCGCUUUCUCUUCAUGCUCUAGCUCCUUUCUGUAAUUCCUUCGUCGGUGAUCGUUACAGCUAAAUAUUCUUUGCUUUUCUGUUUUAUCUUUUCGCCACCUCCAUCUCUAUAAAAUCUAGUUUGGUGGAUGUUGCCUCUGCGAUGAAUCUCGGCAAAGUCCUCGUGCUCUAA